CAAAAAAUGUAAAAAAUGCAUGGUAGGUUGUUCCUAGAUCGCGGUGGGUCAAAGUGGAAGCAGUUACCCAAUUCAAACCCAAACGGAAAACGCUACCAACCCUUACUGAGCCAAGUUAACAACCACAAUAGGAGCAAGAACCAACCACUGUCAACCCGUUGUCCUGGCAACACGGUUACUUUGACUACGUACAACCGAAAAAUAGGAGAAAGCAAAGUGGAGCAAAGGCCCAGGGCAGUAGAAAGCGAACUUUUGCAGAAAACGGAAGCAAAACAAAGAGGGCGAGGGCGAAGUAAACAACUUUCGAUUUUUUCUGAUACCGGAUGAAUCAGAGAAAUGGGCUUCAAGGGCAACUUUCCGCAAAUGGUCCGCGAAACAGGCUUUAAGCUGCGGCAGUACCGCGACGGUCCUUUGGACUGGAGAUUAAUGGGCUCCUAUGAAACGGAUAGAAUUUUGAAGGAGCAGAAUUUUGAGUUGGUGGACAAGGCUUUGGGACACCUUUCGGAGGCACCGCUGGGAACUGUUUUAGAGACUCAUAUUCUGGACAGCGGAAUUGCCAAGUACUUUGUGAUGUCGCAGUACGCCAUUCAGUACCUGAUCUGCUGUCGCACCUAUUUGGAUGAAUGUGUGUCGGACUUGAAGGAGGCCCAUUCAUCUGCCCAGCAGGAGAUCGCCACUCUCCGGAAGUCACUGGGAGAAUCUAAUAACGAGGUGGUGCAGUUGCACAAACGAAUUACCCAGAUAGAGACUAUUCGGGAGGUAGUCUACCCAUGCCACUUGUGUCCCAAGAACUUUAUCAGUAACGAGGCCUUGAAUAUCCAUAUUGGUCGCAAACAUCGCAUUGCCACGCCGACCAGUCUCACAUCAGCUCCUGGCAAGGAUAAAGAUAAAGAUAAGGACAAGGACAACGAUGUUCACUUAAUCAAUACCAUUAAAAUGGAGCUGGAAAUCAAGCAACUGAAAGAACGUCUCAAUGCCGCCGAAAGAAACAUCAAGGAGCGCAGCACUGGAGGGUCCAAGCGGGUGAGUCCGCGCCAGGAGCAGCGUACUGUUGGCAUACAGAGUAAUCUGGCCGAACCAAAGGAGAAGGACGAAAACAGCGGAGAGGCUAAAGAGAGUGAAGCUACCGAACGCAAGGAGCAGUUGACAGGACUGGCCGAGCGUCUCAGCAACUUUGAGGAGUGGCAACUGCAGCUAAAAGAGAGCAAUGAGGUUUUCAUUCAGGAUAUUAAUAAAAAACUUGAAGGUCUUAGCCAUGCUCUGGAGCAAAAUAAACAGACUUCCGCGACUACGCCACCCUUGGAAGAUAGAGUGGCCACUCCCAAUUUGGAGGAUCUGGAACGCAUACUUACCGAGAAAGUAGCAGAGAUUGGUAAGAUCAGUGCCAACAAGCUGGAGGAGGUAGUUUAUCACUUGGAAAUGGGCUACAAGGAUAAAUUAGAAACAUUGGAACGGGAACUCAAGCAACUGAGUGUCCGAAAGGAGCAACCAGAGCCUGUCCAAAUUCUUCCAAACGCAUCCAAAAUACCGAAACCAAUUAACCGAAAAGAAGAAACCAGCAUGGAUCGCAUUCGAAAGCAAGUGGAAAGCGAGUUUGUGAAAGAGAAACACGAUGAUGAUACCUACUCCAUUGAAGAAGCACCUCGGGAAAUUCCGAAAAUCCAGAAGACAACUCAGGUCCAAGUACAUGAGAAGAACGAGAAGGAGCAACCUAGUGCCGGAAGUUCCGGAAGCCAUCCCACUUUUACCAAGCCGCCUGCCUUUUCUGCUUCCAAUAAGCCAGAAACUAUAGAAACUACGGAUGUUAGCGAAAGUCUUAGCCAAGAGGAAGUGGUGGGAGAAGAGCAAAGCCUUUCGGAGGAUGGCAGCGAAAUUUCUAGCUCCGGAUCAGAGCCUCACAGAGAAAGCAAUAGACCGUCAACAGCUACUAAACCUCCCGUGAGAAUAACAAGGCCUCCUCCUAAGCCCCUAACCCGGAAAGAUGCCCGCAAAUUGGUGAACCGUAAACUGAAUCCCCACGGUUUUGACUUAAAGUCCAAGGGAAUUUCUCACACGUCCCUCAAAAGAGUUAAUUCUGAAUUAGCUGAACAAAGAAACAAAAUGAAAUUGCACUAUCCCCAAUUCUACGCUACCCGGAAUCGCAUACGCAAGUUUGUGGAGAAGCUAUGCUCCGCACGGUUCUCUGAACGAGCUCAAGUAAUACUAAAACACAAGACGCCACUGAAACCAAUUGAAGCUCCCAAGCGUGGCGUGCUAAAAGCUGGAACAUCUGAAAAAUCUGAAGAAGAUUUAUCACAGCACACCUCCCAGGAUGAAGAAGAGGAAGGAAGCGACGAAUCACAAUCACGUAGUUCUAGUCCGCGCCAACGCUCUAUUAGUCGGGACUUUAAAGCCCGUCUAGAGGAGAUUCUGGUCAAGCCGGCGGCUAUGACCCGAGGAGCAUCUAAGCCAGCUUCGAUUUCUAAGCCAGUGCCCCUACCUCGAAAGCGGGUGAUGUUCAAUACCCUAAAUAGCGGGAAAAGUUUUAAUGAAAGCGAUGAAGACUAUAAAUAAUUAAAAAGUAUAAGUUUUAUUCAUUUUUGCUUAAUUUCUUUCAAAAAUUUGUUACUACAAACCAAUAAAAUAAAAGAAAAUAGUGCAUAAUUUGUAUAUCUUUUAAAACGACACAUUUUCUAGAAAAACUGCGAAAGUUUUGAAAUAAGAUUUUUAAAAUUAAAGCACACAGGGCGACUCGGGUAAAGAAAAGCGCAAGGCGCUGCCAGAAAAAUAGAAAACACCUGGUGGCAUCACUCCGCGAAUUGAUAACCAUUAUCUGGCAGCUCUGCGUAGGAGAAAAUUUUGUAGUACGCGAGAAUAAUAUAUAUAGCAAUAGAUGCAAUAAAAGGUUGUUGCCGCGGAGGAAAAGCAUUUAGAACAGCCAAACGUACAUGGCGCAGCACCAACAACCGAGGCAGUGAAUCUCUGGCAGCAGCAGGCCGACGUGGAAACCCGUAACCAAAAGCGUGCAACUGUAAUUUCCAUCCGAACACACACAAGCGCACGCACACACCCGUCCCCCAUCGAUGAAAUAACAUACAUAACGUAUACCGAAAAUACAUAAGCUCGCGCUGGAAUUACGGCGGAAUCAACAGCAGAAACAGCAGUAGCACCAACAGCA